GCCUCUCGGAUAGGAAAGGGGAAUUUCACAAUUUUACGAUUUCACAGUGCUCGGGCUCUCGCUUGUGAGCAUUGGCGGUCCGAACCAGCGCAUCUGUGCAGAAACAGCGCGCAGUUUAAACACCCCCCUCGCAGGGUUCUCAGCUCCCCGCACAACCGUUGUUUAUUAACUGAGGGAGGUGAAACUCCUUUUCAGAAAGAUUUCAAAUUGCAGCAGGUUAUAAACCUGAGCCCCCGGGGCUGGACAUGAAGGAUUUGUAGAUUAUGCCAAGAGUGGACCUCAUCUGGUAAAACCCUUCCAGAAAGUCCCUUGACUGAUGUUAUUUUCCGAGUAUUUGCUUUCUGAUAAGCAAUGAUGAGUUGCUCGUCAAAUCUAUUAGCUGUGUCCUGUGAAGGCUGUGAGAACGACUGGUUUUUCAAAUUGUCUCAAAUUUAAUGCUUCAACACUGAUAUUUCUAUUUUAUGUUUUGUAAUGCACCUCUCCCUUAUUUUUUGUACCAAAGAGAUGUUGUCGUUUGUUGAUAGUUAGCAGUGCUCUUGAUUCCUCUCACUGCUGUUGUAUCACAUGUGCAUUUGAUUCCUCAUGUCCAGUUGCCAAGGCAGCAGAUGCAAACACAAAUUAGAUGAGCUUUGCGGAAGGUUUUGGGGAUCCUUUAGAACAAAAGGUCACAGAGAAACACAAAGUCUUCCUGAGAACAUAAUUUAUCAGUCUAGCCAAAAGCAAUGUGGGAGUUUGGGUUUAGGGUUUGCAGCUGUUUUAUUUAAAAAUCCACUUUCUGCGAAUUUAGAGGCACUUAUGAUAUUGUAAAGAUGUUGAACAGUGUGACAGCCUUUCAGUCAAACUCGGCUUUAUUUAUUUAUCUGAUUAUUAACUCCCUCUUCUAAUAAAAGGGCAUCCAUUUGUGGGAUUUAAUUUAAUUAAUUUGUGGGAUUGGAAUUGCCUGAACUGUAGUCCUGUGUCACAGUUGAGCCUUUUGGAGCCUUCCUGCCCAGGGAACAUGGAAACAGCUUUGACUCUGUAUUUCUUUUGGAUGUAGCAGAUAUAUUCACAUUAAUUAGUUAUACUUCGAACUUACAAGCAUCCUGGUGUUAUCACAAUAUAAAUUUCCAUGCUUCAAAAGAACAUUACAAUAGAAUUGCAUAAGUAUGUCCUAAAUAACAGCCUCUAAGCCAAAUGUCUCUUAUUUAGGUUUUUUAUGUGAAUUUUUCUUGUUUACUGUUUCCUCUGUCAGAGUUUCUUGGUUUGGUCAGCUCCCAGUUUCUGACUGCAAAAUAUUUGGCAGUUUAUCCAAGGAGAGAGAAGCAUCUUGUGCUGGUUCUGAGCAUCCAGAGUUUUGAGACUGGCUGAUUUCUCAGGAGCAAGAAUCAACAUUUCAACAGCUGAUGGACUUGGAGCUCAUGAUGAGGCUGCGCCAGGCCAGCCAGGACCUUCUGCAGAGGCUGAGAAUGAAGCAGGAGAAGAUGAGAAAAGAACUUCCCAGAAAGCAGCUCCUUCCAGCAUCUCAUCAUGGCACUGCAUCUGCUGAGAGAUUGAGCCUCUUGUCCAGGAGAGUGGAGGAAAAUCGGGCUGAUGCAGUAAAAUCUGAGCCUGGAAUAAAGGUGUCUGUGGAGCCCAGAGCUGGCCCAGCCCUCAGUUCAUCUCCAGAACACAGCAGCAGUGCCAGAGGGGUGCAGCAACAACAAGCAAAGACACAGGAAGGAGCAGGUCUUGAUUCCAACUUCCCUGGGAAAGAGAAGAAUGUUGUGCCAGUGUCUGCAGUCAUGUGUGGCAGAGAAAACUCCAGAGUGGAUGGGGAUGGUGGUGCUCAAGGAAGUCCAGAGAAAGAAUCCUCCUUCCUGGGGCAUGGAGAGAACAGAAAACAGUCUGCUCUGCUGCAUGGUUUCCAUGAGAAAUGUCAUCCAGGGCCAUCACUGAGCAGAGUGCAAAAUAAAGAGACUGGUGAGCAUCAUGUGGUCAUCAGAGAGCCCCACGGCCCUAAAUCAGUCUUGCUGGUGCCUCAGUCCAAAGACUUGAAGAAGGAAACUCGCCGUGUGACUUUCCAGCCUGACCAUGAGGAAGAUGCCAUACCUGUCAGCAGCUGGUCUGCCCAUCCUUUGCUGGGCUAUGACUGGUUUGCAGGGCUUCUUGAUACAAAGUCUCCAGUAACAGAAAAAUCUGAGCAAUACUUUGCUGAGCUGCAGGAGUUCCGACAGUCCAACAGAGAAACCUGCAUUCACCAGCAGCACCUGGAGCCUGAGGAUUACACAGGUCCUGAACAAGAACUGGAUUUGAUAAUUGGUUCUCAUAAGUGUGUUUACUGCUAUGGAUUGAACGAGCGUCUCUUCACCAUCCCUGUGGAUUCAGAAGCUGCCUGCCCUGUGUGUAAGAUCCCACGCAGCCACCAGCCCCCAGGGACUCUGAAGGAGCCAACCCAUGUCAGGGUCAGCAUUCCCAGGGGGGCCCUUUUGCCAGCCCACAGGUACCGAGCCCAUCGCAGGAGCAGCUUCCAGCCAGCAGAUGACCUUGCCCUGUCCUCGCAUUGCCUGGCUGGCUGGGAAAAGAUGGUUCCUUCCAGCAGCACCCUGCUCAGCAGUUUGGAUCUGAGAGCCUCACUGGAAGAGAAACCUUCUCCCUACCCUCACCUGGACCCGGUGUCCAGAUUGUCAGCAGAAGGCAGAACUGACAAGUUCCUGCACUGCCUCACUUGGCACACCUGAGGUUUGGCAGAGCAAACCAGGACAGCAGGCAGCAGCCCUCAGCUCAGACCCCCUCAACACUCUGGAUCGUGACUGCCCUGGGGAAGGGAUGAGCACAGCACGUGGAAACAACUCAGAAACAAAGCAGUUUGGAUAAAAAUAAAGCUUUGGACAGAUUUUCCCCAGUUUUCAUAGUCAUGUGCUUAUGUCAGCAGCCAAUAGACAGGUCUGAGUUUGUACAGUUCACUUUGCAUUUUUUGCCUUUUACAGCUGCUGAGAGCUGCAUGGAGUGUCCCAGCCAGGGCUGGGUAAAGUCAUGAGUGCAGGAUCAUUGGUGCAUCCCCAACUGAGUGACCCCAGUGUAGCACUAACUCUGAAUGCCAGGGUGAGGAAUUGGCCUGUGGAGGGCCUGGCUCAGUGGAGUGACACAAAUAUGUUUAUUUCCAAAUAUUUGAAACAUGACACGCAGUUUUCUAGUGUGCUAAACUUGAGUUCAUCAAUGAUUUGUAAAAAUUUUUAAAAUUCAGUUUAUUCUCAGUGAAAUGUGUGUAGCUACACAGUGUAGUACAUCAGAGUAACUUUGAACGUGGAAAAAAAAGUUAAAUUGAGAUUUUAUUCAUCAAUGAGCUAGAUAAUGCCUUAAAAUGGUUGCAUAUUCUGCUUACCUCUACUUUUCCAAGUUUUCUGGAGAUAAGCCAAAAACCAUUUAAAAAUUUUUAAAUUGUACCAAGACUACUUCACAUAGAGUGAUUUGUUUGAACUUUAUAGACUGAUCUUAAUUUCCAUGUCUGAAAACAAUAAAACUGAUGUUUUAUUUUACUUUGAA